AAAUCUUUUAAUGUUUAUUUACUUUUGAGACAAUGCAAGAGACAGAGUGCAAACAGUGGAGGGGCAGACAGAGGGAGACACAGAAUCCGAAGUGGGUUCCAGGCUCUGAGCUGUCAGCCCAGAGCUUGACGCGGGGCUUGAACUCCCGAACUGUGAGAUCAUAACCUGAGCUGAAGUUGGACCCUUAACCGACUGAGCCACUCAGGCACCCCUAGAACACACUCUUUUUAUAUGGAAUCAGUUUUAAAUGGUAUGUGGUCCCCCCUCCUUCCCCAUCCUGCAUUUUACAAAUGAGAACACAGAAUUUGGGUGACUGACUUAAAGUCACUUAGCUAACAAGAAGCAGUGUCAACACUGACUGAUUUUCUUCUGACUUCCUACCCUGUUUACUCCAUCAGAAAUUGACUGCAUAUUGGGAAAUGAUCUUGACAUUUCUGUCAGAGUCAGCUAUACCAAAUGGGGUCAUGUGAGAGUAUUCAUGUCUUCCAGUUUUCACUGUGGGGAAAACCUUAAUCAGCUGCAUCAAGAUCUCAUUAUGCAUCAGAAAAAUGAAAAAACAGAAGAAAAUUUUAUGGAGGAAAGGAAUCCACUUAGCCUUUUCUGAGAAAUGGAAUACUGGAUUUGGAGGCUUUAAGAAGUUCUGCUUUCACCAACACUUGUGCAUUCUGAAAGCCAAAUUGGGAAGGCCAGUUAUUUGGAGCAGGCAGCUGAGGCAUUUCCAGUGCAGAAAGAAGGCCCUUCAAAUCCAGAAGACAUGGAUCCAGGAUGCACCUUUUUUUGCUAAGGCAAAGUCCAGUGUGGCUCUUCAGAAUGUUAGUACUUUGCCCUCUAAAGUGAAAAGAAAAGACUCUAAACACUUCAUUUCCUCCUCAAGGACCCUCCUGAAACUCCAAGCAGAGAGGCUGCUAUCAUCAACAAAGAACUCUGACCAUGAAUACUGUGGAGAUAAAAGUCUCUUGAAGGCGGUUGCGGACUUACCAGCAAAUAGUGUUUUAGGUCAGGUCAGUGGUCACAGACCUAGGACGGAGCCACAAGCUUCUGACUUUCCCAUGAAGUUCAAUGGGGAGAGCCAAAGUCCAGGUGAGAGUGGCACAAUUGUGGUCACCUUGAGCAACCAUAAGAGAAAGCGCUUUUGUUAUGGCUGCUACCAAGGGCUGGAGCACCACAGGAAUGGGGGACCCCUGAUUCCAAAAAAGUUUCAACUUAACCAACAUAGAAGAAUAAAAGUAUCUCCUCUUAUGAUGUAUGAGAAAUUAUCCAUGAUUAGAUUUCGGUACAGGAUUCUCAGAUCCCAGCACUUCAGAACAAAAAGCAAAGUUUGCAAGCUAAAAAAAGCCCAGCGAAGCUGGGUGCAGGUCACUGGGGACCAUCAAGAGACCCUUAGGGAAAACAGUGAGGGUGGCAGUUGCAGCCCAUUCCCUUCCCCAGAACCUAAAGACCCUUCUUGUCGGCAUCAACCAUACUUCCCAGAUAUGGACAGCAAUGCUGUGAUGAAGGGAAAGAACUCUCAUGUGCCUGAUGGCCACACUAAAGGAAGCCCUUUCUUGGGCAAGGAGCUUAGUUUAGAUGAAGCAUUCCCUGACCAACAGAAUGGUAGUGUCACAUACACCUGGGACCAGUCACCCUGUUCUCCUAAGUGGGAGUGUACAGAGCUGAUUCAUGAUAUCCCCUUAUCAGAACAUGAUUCUAGUAACAUGUUUAUCUCAGAAAACGAAAGAGAAGUUAUGACUCUGGGUCAGGAAAAUCGGACAAGUACUGUCAGUGAUGACAGAGUAAAACUGCCCAUGUCUGGGGCAGAUCAGUCUGUGAGUGAUGUAGAUGGGCCUGUGUCCGAAAAGACUGAGAGCUCAUGCCAGAUGGAUGAGGAUGGAUCUCUCAAGCAGAACAUUCUUAGUUCUAAGUUGCUGGACCACCCUUACUGUAAAAGUCCACUGGAGGCUCCUCUGACAUGCAGUGGACUCAAACUCGAAAAUCAAGCAGGAGGUGGGAGGAACAGUCAGAAAGCAUCUCCUGUGGAUGACGAACAGCUGUCAAUCUGCCUUUCUGGAUUCCUAGAUGAGGUUAUGAAGAAGUAUGGCAGUUUGGUCCCACUCAGUGAAAAAGACGUCCUUGGAAGACUAAAAGAUGUCUUUAAUGAAGACUUUUCUAAUAGAAAACCAUUUAUCAAUAGAGAAAUAACAAACUAUCGGGCCAGGCAUCAAAAAUGCAACUUCCGCAUCUUCUACAAUAAGCACAUGCUGGAUAUGGAUGAUCUGGCAACUCUGGAUGGUCAGAAUUGGCUGAAUGACCAGGUCAUUAAUAUGUAUGGUGAGCUGAUAAUGGAUGCAGUCCCAGACAAAGUUCACUUCUUCAACAGCUUUUUUCAUAGACAGCUGGUAACCAAAGGAUAUAAUGGAGUAAAAAGAUGGACUAAAAAGGUGGAUUUGUUUAAAAAGAGUCUUCUGUUGAUUCCUAUUCACCUGGAAGUCCACUGGUCUCUCAUUACUGUGACACUCUCUAAUCGAAUUAUUUCAUUUUAUGAUUCCCAAGGCAUUCAUUUUAAGUUUUGUGUAGAGAAUAUAAGAAAGUAUUUGCUGACUGAAGCCAGAGAAAAAAAUAGACCUGAAUUUCUUCAGGGUUGGCAGACUGCUGUUACAAAGUGUAUUCCACAACAGAAAAAUGACAGUGACUGUGGAGUCUUUGUGCUCCAGUACUGCAAGUGCCUCGCCUUAGAGCAGCCUUUCCAGUUUUCCCAAGAGGACAUGCCCCGAGUGCGGAAGAGGAUUUACAAGGAGCUGUGUGAGUGCCGGCUCAUGGACUGAAACUCAGCAGGACUCUGGAAGGUCUGACCAAGUUGAAGCAGAUGGUUUGUUACUUGAAUCUCCAAACACUUAUUUGAAUUUUUACAGAUAUUUCAGAUCAGUGGUGUUGGGCCACUAUUGUUACCUCAAAUUUGUUUUUUGCCCUAUUCAUUUCUCUAGCUACCGUGUACUAUUUUUUAAUGUUCAGUUUGGUUUCAUUUUUAAUUUUAUGGAUUCCGUGUGUUUCCCCCAUAUUUAAUAUUUAUUCAAACGCAUGCAUAUAGACAGAGCAUGCAGUGCAGAGUAUUAAAAAAAAAGCCUAGUAGAUUUGGUGCAGCUUUUGAAAUUUACUUAGACGUGAACUGAAUACAGGUUUAAAAUUUAAUCCCAGAACCUAAAAGUGCAGGAUGUUUUUGAUACAACAUAACUUUGAGAAGGAUCGUUGUUCCCUGGGUGUAAAGGGUAGCUAGGAGUGGUGGUUUUGACAAACCCAGUCCUGUUUAACCUGCUGCACCUUUCAUGGACUUCCUUCUCCAGUUGAGUCUUGCAGAGUGAAUUGCAUUCCUUUUGAAAGGGUGAGAAGUGGCCAAAACCUGACUGGUGUGUUCUGUUUAGACAAGCACACUUAUAAGUGCAGUGCCUACUUUGGGAGGAGUUGAUUAAAGACAACAGCUUUUGGGGGGGGGGGGGGGUCCAGUUAUUUUAACACAUGAGAAAAUUUCAAUCUUGGCUUUAAGAAUUACAACAAAUGCCUAAAUCUUAUAAAGGCUUUUGCUAGAACACUGAAUUCUCUGGAUUUAUUAAAAAACAUUAUCCAUCAGACUAGUAGUCAACCACAUGAGAAUUCAGCCUUUCCAAGAGUAAUUUACAAGUUGUCACUACCCUUGUGUUGUCUAAGAUGUGGCAAAUACCUUUCUAUUUCAAUGGUGUUUAAAUAUUAAUCUUCAGAACUAAAGACUGACCAGGUCUUUUGCAGAUGGGUGGGGAGAAGAGGAAAAGUAGUAAGACUUGCUUGCACAGGAGCACAGCAGAUGUUACUAGACUUUUUUUUGCUCCUACCUCUUUAGUGAUCUCAGCAGCAUGCGGGGCUCCCUCAGUUGGCCUCUUGUUACCAACCCUGAGACUCCAGAGCUGGAGUCCUUUUUUCACUUCUAUCAACCUCGUCUUCUGGGGAAAAGCAGAAGCGACCCUGUCCUAAUACUUUGCUGCAUUAGGAUUAAAGUAAUGGAUCUUACAUCUUUAUUCUAGCCUUUUGUGAUAUUUGAAAAGAAAGGAAAUGAGGAAAGAUGCAUGGUAAACUACUCAAUUACCUUUUCUGAACUGGGGCAGAAAAAACAACAGAGGUGUGUGUAAGCAUCUCAGAAGCUUACACCAAAUACCAGGUAAAUGACAGAAGAUACUUGGAUUUAUGCCUGGUUAGGUGUGGGGUGUUGGAAAUAAAAAGCUAAAACGUGCAGUUAAACUUGGCCAUGAGGUAAGGUUUCCAGCAGUUGAAGGUAGAGUCAGAACAUGUUUACACGCAGGGUUCCCAUCCCCUGACAUUCCAAGCACCAACACCAGUGUUUACAUUGUAAAGAGCCCCAGCAUUCUCCACACUCCUCUAGACUUCGUGUAAAACCAGGUCAGUAUUUCUUACUGUGCUUCAGGUCGCUGAAAGGACUGAGAUCAGAGGCACUUUAUGCUGCUACAGUUAGGCUUGUGUUGUCAGCAUUUGCAAAGAUGACAAUUUAAAGUGAGGAAGAGAUCCUGAGGUUUUCUGACAUUAGCUAAUUAUGCAAACAUGAGAUUUUUUUCAAAUCUGCAUGUAAGACAUUUGCCUAAUGGGAGAAGGGGGCAGUUAUGCAGUGGCCAGUAACUAGGCUGUGGAUUCACAGUGUUUUAUACUUUAGAGCUCCAUCUCACCUCCUCACUGACAACCAGGCACGUAGAAGAGGCAGAACUGUGUUCUGAAUCUUUAAUGCUCAAAAGUGGAGUUGCCGGUUUCCUCCAGUCUGAGAAACGGUCACCUCCUCGGCGCUGAGGCAAGCAGGGGUGCUCAGAGGUAACUACAGUAAGCUGUCCAAGUCCCGCUUCCCUUUCACUUCCAGCUUCAUAGGGCACCUUGAGGUGUACUGUCAAGCUUGCUUUUGCCUAAAUGUCAGAUGUUUUAAGUAUGGUUCAAAAUGUUCCUCUAUUCGUGAAACUCAGUUUUAGCAUACAGAGUUGCUUUUCCCCCUUGUUAUUAGGUGUAAACCUCUAUUAGCCCAAACCCUACAUCAGAGGGGCCUCUGUCCUGAUGUUUGCAAUAAUUGCUUCUUUGCAACAAAGACAUUUUUUAAAUAUAGUCUGGGCUGCUGGUGGAAGAGACAGGCAUUGUUUUAUUGUCACUAGCUUGGCACUGAAUUGUUUGGGUGUCCACAAAGUGGGCAGACCUUAUGCUUUUGAGGUUGAGUGCAGGCCUUGUACAAACUAAAAGCAGCUUAUGUGCCUUCAAGCUGCCCGGUCCAUCAGCAAAUUACUAGUCUGUUGUUUAUUUCCAGUGAUUUGUCCUUAUGUUAAAUCUGUAGCCAUGAAUGUGGAUUUAAUUCAACUUUUAGUUCUCUUAAGAAGAAAGGGAACCUCUUAAGGAAGGGAAAAGAAGCAGUUGCUGCCAAUAUCCCCACUUUCUGGCUUUGCAUUAUAUUUUCUACUUCUGAGUGACACUGUCAUCUUGGAGUCACGGUUGGAACAAAACAACAGCCCUGACUAGUGGAAGAGCUGCCCUUUUUCUUUGCAGUUGUGUUCACUGCUUCCCCGGGUGAGAAGGGCUGACUGGGAGAGCUCUGGGUGGAUCAGACCCUUCACACGAGAAAAAGUAUGUUAAUAAUAAAUAGUGUGAAUUGAAUAUACUGACUACCUGCUCUGUUUAAUUAUGUUAAGAAACCAAACUAAUCAACAGUUGUAAAGCACCUACUUCUAUUAUGUGCGAGGCUCUGCCUCCUGGCCUAUAGAUAAUUAAGACCUAGGGAAUAUACCGUCAGAGAAAUGCAAAUUGUAUUUGGGUGUUACAAAAACAGGCCUAGAUAAGCUGUUCACUUAAAUGGUACCUUUGGACAGAAAAAGAAUUUAUUUAAAGAUUGUGAUCAUGUAAAAUUACUCAAACCUUCUAGCAAAAAUAUUUUUUUGAAAAAUAAACUAAAUGCCUUUAUAAA